AUGUUGCGCCGUCCUGACACUCCUUUGACGCUGGCAGAAAUACAAGACGUCAGGGCUAUUUCUACCUUGAUAUUUGGCGACCAGUUCAACCAGAGUCUGGAAGAUGUCACAUUGCCAGCUAGCCUACAGAACUUGACAUUUGGCUACGGGUUCAACCAGAGUCGGGAAGGUGUCACAUUGCCAGCUAGCCUACAGAAGUUGACAUUUGGCUACGGGUUCAACCAGAGUCUAGAAGGUGUCACGUUGCCAGUUAAUCUGCAGAACUUGACGUUUGGCGACGAAUUCAACCAGAGCUUGGAAGGUGUCACGUUGCCAGCUAGCCUGCAGAACUUGACAUUUGGCGGCGAAUUCGACCAGAGUCUGGAAGGUGUCAUGUUGCCAGCCAACCUGCAGACAUUGACAUUUUGCUACGGGUUCAACCAAAGUUUGUCAGGUGUCAUGCUGCCAGCUAGCCUUCAGCAGCUGACCUUUGGCUACAAUUUCAACCAGAGUCUAGAAGGUGUCACGUUUCCAGAUAACUUGCAGACAUUGGCUCUUGGCUACAAGUUCAACCAGGGCUGGGAAGGUGUCACGCUGCCACUUAGUUUGCAAACAUUGACAUUCGGCGUCGAGUUCAACCAGAAUCUGGAAGGUUUUACGUUGCCCCUGCAGACGCUGACACUUGGGGAUAAUUUUGACCAGAGUCUAGAAGUUGUCACGUUGCCAGCUAGCCUGCAGAACUUGACAUUUGGCGGCGAAUUCAACCAGAGUCUGGAAGGUGUCAUGUUGCCAGCCAACCUGCAGACAUUGACAUUUUGCUACGGGUUCAACCAAAGUUUGUCAGGUGUCAUGCUGCCACUUAACCUGCAGACGUUGAUUUUUGGCCACAGGUUUAACCAGAGUCUGGAAGGUGACACGUUGCCAGUUAAUCUGCAGAGCUUGACGUUUGGCGACGAGUUCAACCAGACCAUGGAAAAUGUAACGUUGCCAGCGAGCCUACAGAACUUGACAUUUGGCCACGCGUUCAACCAGAGUCUGGAAGGUAUCACGUUGCCAGCUAGCCUUCAGCAGCUGACAUUUGGCCACAAUUUCAACCAGAGUCUAGAAGGUGUCACAUUUCCAGAUAAUUUGCGGACAUUGGCUCUUGGCUACGAGUUCAACCACAGUCUGGAAGGUGUCACGUUGCCGCUUAAUUUACAGACAUUGACAUUUGACCGUAGGUUCAACCAGAGUCUGCGAGGUGUCACGUUGCCUUGUCUAGUGCAGAUUCAGUUUGGUUCAGUUCACAUUUUGAGUCAUGUUGGCGUUGACCACGAGGCUGCAAUCUAG